AACUCAUAAAGUAAACUUAGCAUUGGCAUUAUAUGAUAGCCUCAAAGUUGAGGAAUUUUUUUCUUGAUUUUGGCGCUUUUCGUAGCUUUAUGUGGCAGAAAUGAUUCCUCCAAACGCGUCGUUGGUCAAAUACGACAAUCCAGCCUUAGUCAGCCGUAAUACCGACAAGAAAUCGCCAAGAUCACGUCCUUUGAAAGUGAGUGCAAAGCAAGAAGUUAAUGGCAGCAGUCCUAUUCCACCGCCACCUAAAACGGGAAAGAUAAAUUCAAGCGAUGUGCAGAGUAAGAAUCAACAGACAGAAGAGAUUCUUAAUUCAAUACUACCACCAAGAGAAUGGACGGAGAAUGGUCAGCUUUGGGUACAACAAGUAUCAAGCACACCAGCCACAAGACUAGAUGUUGUCAAUUUACAGGAGCAAUUAGACAUGCGACUUCAACAAAGACAAGCUAGAGAAACGGGUAUUUGUCCAGUAAGACGAGAGUUGUAUUCUCAAUGUUUUGAUGAACUCAUUCGUCAAGUCACCAUAAAUUGCGCGGAAAGAGGUCUUCUUCUAUUGAGAGUACGCGAUGAGAUACGAAUGACGAUUGCUGCUUAUCAAACUUUGUAUGAGAGCAGUGUUGCCUUUGGUAUGCGAAAAGCGCUUCAAGCUGAGCAAGGAAAAGCUGACAUGGAACUCAAAAUUGAGGAGUUGGAAGGCGACAAGAAAGAUUUUGAACGUCAAGUGAACGAACUGAAAGCGAAAUGUGAUGCGAUUGAGAAACGUGAAGCAGAACGUCGUACGAUCGAGGAAAAAAAACACGCAGAGGAAAUACAGUUUCUGAAACGAACAAACCAGCAACUGAAGACACAACUAGAAGGAAUCAUCGCGCCAACAAAGAAGUAACAUAUGUCUGUCUCUCAUUGUUACAGCACCCACUGCAAGAAAAUACAUAACUUACGUUUUAUAAUAUUAUAUAAUUAUAUAUAUAUAAUGUGUAUUUAAUUGAACAUGUAUUGUGUUGCCCUUUUGAUGUAAUGUUUAAUUCUAAUACCUUAGGACGUUUCAACUAUGUUGUAGCUUAAAGUUUGUGUUAAUCGUAGUUGAAAUUGAUUAUUCUAAGGAGAAAAUUAUAAGAGAGCAUUUUUUUCAUUUA